CUCUCAAAGUUAUUAAGGAUUGAUAUCUGGUCCGUCAACCUGCAACAAAGUAUUUACGCAAAUGUGUCAGCGUGCGGGCACAAUAUAGAUUCUUCCUGCAAAAGGUUGCAACCAGAUCAUUGUGCUCAAGAAACUUAGAAACUGUAGUUUUUAUCAAGACCAUACAGGAAGGUUAAACAAUGGGCUACCCUUUGAGCUGUCACCGGCCGCAGCGCGACCCAGGGGCCCGGUAUCCGAAGGGGAAGAAGCGACUGAAAGAGCGGCCGGCCAGCCAUGCGGGCAGCCAGCCCGGGCACCAGGUCAACAUCAACACGGCAAUCGAGGAGGAGCUGAUGACCCUGCCGGGCAUCAACCGGUUGUUGGCUCACAACAUCGUGUUGUACCGGGACAAGAUCGGGGGCUUCCGCAAGAUCGAGGACGUGGCUCUGGUGACAGGGGUGGGUGCCGCCAGGCUGCAGCAGAUGAGACCCGAGGUCUGCGUGGGGGCCGUCGAGACGCUGCAGGCGGGGCCUGAGGUCGGUGUCGGGGCCGCAGGCCCGCAGCAGACGAGGCCCGAGGUUUAUGUGGGAGCUACCAAGCCUCAGCAGGGGAAGCCCGAGGUCGGUGUGAGCCAACGAGGGCUCUCUCGCUCCGUGGAGAACCUCUCCAGCUACGACCUGCUCUCCUGCGCCACACUUAACAUCAACCUGGCCUCGGAGAAGCAGCUCACCGCCUUGCUGGGGGUGUCCGAGGACCUGGCUCACCGCAUCGUCCUCCACCGGCCCUACCGGCACGCCAACGACCUGCUGCGGGUGACGGGUGACGAAGCCUUCUCCCUGACGCCCAUCAGCUCCCGACUCAGCGCUGCCAUGCCGAAGGCCACCUUAUCCGCGCAGCGGGCCGGCGCCCUCCCUUUCUGCAGCCUGCAGGACCUGAGCCUGAAAACGGGGAUCCGGCCUCGCACCCCCUCGCUGGAUGCUCUACAUUCAACCUUCACCGACUGCCUCGACGGCAGGAGGGUCAUUCGUGUCGCCACAUGGAACCUGCAACGCCUCAACUUGGACAAGGUCAACAAUCCUGGAGUGAGGGAAGUCAUCUGCAUGACCCUACUUGAGCAGGGGAUCAAGCUAUUGGCCAUUCAGGAGGUGCUGCAUGAAGAUGCCUUGGAUAAGCUAUGUUCGGAAUUCGAGAAGCCCACCAUUGCAGCAUUGCAGGAAUGGAAAACUGACCGGGGAAGUUGGAAGUAUGUUGUGUUGGAAAACCCAGAAGGACAAGAGGAAAAGGAGAUGGAACGUGUAGCCUUUCUUUGGGACAGCAGCACGGGCCUUGAGCUAAACGAGGCUGACACCCUCGAGGUGCUGCCGGAGCAGAACAACGGACACCAGCCUUACAACCAACCUGUGCUGGGAUACUUCAAGAUAGGAGAACUCCCACUCAACCUCGUCAAUAUCCAUCUGAAGGCUAACCAGUUAUCUGGAGUUCAAGCGAGCAGCAGCAACAAAGCAUUGGACCUCGACAUCCUAAGGCCACACCUCACAGAACAAAAGCAGCUCAUCAUUCUGGGACACUUUGGUCUGCAGCCUGAUGCCACAGAGUUCAACCUAUUAAGAGAAAAUCACUUCCAGCACUGUGUACCCAGCGACACGUUCACCAACAUUAGCAGCAAGAACAAGACUGGGGAUGACUGUCAGGACAACAUCUGGUGGAACCAGCCUGCCCAGGGUGCCUACACAGGGAGAUGGGGAGUGAUCCGACAAGGUCUCAGCAGUCCCUGGAUACCAGAUGGUUGGAAAUGGGGAGGAAUCGUAUCUCAACACUGUCCGGUUUGGAUUGAGUUCUUCGUUGAUUAGACAAAAACUCAAAAUAGUGUUCUGGACUAAAUGAUAAACCUGCAUGGAGAAUGACGAAAAACAGAGCUACAAUAGCUACCACAAACCGUUAUUUAAUUUGCUUCAAACCCAAUAAAGUAAUUCAGCAGUGGCACAAUGACCACAUUAGCUAAACAUGUUGGGUCCAAUUAUGCUUCUAAUUGAUGUAUCUCUCUCCUCUUAAUUGACUCAAACGUUAUCCAUAAUAACUUUGACUCCUGCAAAAUUCAUAUCCUAGUUUCUUACCUUCAAUUUGGAGAUGGAAAUUAGAGUUCACACCAACUAUCAAUCACCUAUUUUACACUUAUAGCCUCAUGUAUUUUAUUCUCCCCACUCUUCCAUUAACUCCUCUCACUCACUAGGAAGCAAUUUACAGCAGCCAAUUAAGCAAGUAACAUGCAAGUCUUUUGAAAGAGGGGAAAAAGCAUCCCAGUGGAAACCCAGGUAGUCACAAAGAGAAUGUGUAUGUAAUGCCAGGAUUGAACCCAGUUGGUUGGAGCUGUGAGGCAGUGCCAUUACCAACUCCUCUACUGUGUCGCUCUAGGUAGUGAAUUUGUUCUGGCUGCAUUCCUACUGCCUCCACAAACAGGAAGGGGAUGAUGAGACUCUUACAACCUCUACUUAAGAGGUAUCCAGCCAAGUGCUUGAAUUGCCAAAGCAUUGAAGGCUAUGAAGGUGCUGAAAAUGGGAAUAAAAUGCAUUGCACAGUGCGGACAUGGCAGGCCAAACAGCUUGUUUCUGUGUUAUAUUCCUUAUGAAGUUCAAUUGGAAGUUGACUUGAACCUCUCAUGCGAUAGGUGUUAAACCAACACAAAACUUGGGAGUAAACUGGGUUGAUCACGGUGAAUCUCUGACCCUAAGAAGAGUUGGGGUGUUGAUCCCAAGUUGUGUCUGAUCUUUGAGCUGGGAGGGAUAUCCAAAUCCCUUUGCAUUGAGACUCACGUUGUGUUGCAGUUCCAGAGGCUUUAAUGGGCACUUCGUUUGUACCUCAUCUGCGCACAUUGUGAAAAUUAAUUAUUCAGCUGUUGGGACAUCUUUCAAAUCUGUGUAAUCAACAGCCUCAGUUGGGGACAGGAAUUUGUUGCAGUUCAUUCUUUCAAAAUGUUCCUUGUAUCUUCCCAUGAACAGAAUCUUCUCCCCCCCCCCCCCCCCCCCCCCCCCCCCCCCCCUCCCGAUGAACAGGAAAUGCCAUUCCUAUGAGCUACUCUCUCUCCUCUUCCUGUGUUAAAUUGAAAUUUUGCAGGGUCUCCGAAGUUGCCUCAGUAGUUCAAAAGUGGAAUUAGCAAAUCUUAAACCGGUCAUUUGGCUCAAAGCACUAUUGUAUCUACUCAGCACAAGUUAAAGAACUGAGUCAUGACCAAAGGAAUUUUGUCAGAUGAUAAUUUUUAACCCUUCAGAGAGGUGUCUGAGAGAGAUCCUUCUGGUACUCUGUGAAAUAGUGAACCAUGAAAAAACAUUAAACAAAGUCAGAUUACAAAGGGGUUGAAAUUCUUAAUUCUAUUGUGAAGUAAAAAGAUAUCAAUAUAUUUUCUGCCAGGAAAUCAGCCGGGUCAGUGGCCUUGACUCCUCUUUGAAACAGGUAGCAAACCAACACAGGCCCAAAUAGACCAAAGAACAAAGAUUGUCAACAUUCCACACAAGUGCCCACUCCAGGAACCACUCUAGUAUAUUUCCAUUAAUGGCUCAACAGCUUGGCACUAGAGGCAGACCUGUUGCCUCAUAGCAUCACGGAUCCGGGUUCAAUCAGACCUAAAUGCUGUCUGUGUGGAUUUUAAAUAAUCUCCCUAUGACCACAUGGGUAUCAGACGGGUGCUCCAGAUUUCUCCAACAUGCCAAAGAUAGAUGUGAUUUGAGGGUUAAUUGGCUGCUGUAAAUUGCUCCUUGCAUGUAGGUGAGAAGUAGAAUCUAGGAGAAGUGGGACGAAUGUAGGAUUAGAAUAAAUGGGUGGUUGAUGGUCGCCAUGGCAGUGGGCUGAAAGGCCUAUUUCUACGUAUGUGGUGUUUUGGCUGUAUGUCAGGAGAAUGUGGGGGGGGGGGGGGGGGGGACUGGAUUCCGACACAAUGCCAACUUCAAGAGUUUUUCUGCAGACCUGAUGGAAUUGGUUCAUGUAAUGUACAGUAGGGAAGUCAGCUAUUUGUUACCAUAUAAAUGGAAACACAUCUUCAUUGUUGAAUACGAGCAUUUGCUACUUCAAGACUUGUGCAUCUCAAUGCCUUUCUGGAUUUCUACUCCCCGUGUACUAGUACUCGCCCAAAACAUUGCUGACAGUUUGUUGACUGGUUUCAAAAUCCUCGCAACUCCAGUGACCAGAGUUCAAUCCUGGCUGGAUACUGGCAGUGUGCAGUUCCGGUUUCUCCCUUCCUACUUUUCACUGGCUUCUCUGCUGACACAAUUUGACAUUUAAUCCAACUCUCACUGCCGCCACUUCCAACAACUCAGAGUGAAGGCCUCGGGCUUGUCUUCCAAUAAAUCAGGCUGACCUCCACUGACAGUUUGACCACAUGAGCACCAUGACUCAUCCUUCUCGUGAGACAUUAUGCUCAAAGCUGAAAGCACAGAUUAUAUGGGGGAUUUGUCUUAAAGGCACACAGCCUUCUCAAAAAAAUGCUCAGCAAUGCUCAGCUUAGAAAAUAAGCAAGUCUACAAAAUGGCUGCUCGACUUAGAGUUUUUUGGCAAUAUACGCAAACAACAUUGAAUCUCCAACAAUUACUAUGCCCCCAAGCUAUAAAAUAAUUUUUGAGAUACUUAUUCAUAUAGAAAAUGAUUAAUUGAUUCAUCAGAUUCUGGUAUAUACUGCUUUAGUUUUCUUCUCUCCAGGGCGCGGGCAGACGUUAGUCCAAGUCUUUGGGAUUUGGGAAGAAAUGAGAGAAUCCAGAGGAAACCUACAUGGUUGCCAGGCAAACUCCACACAGGCAGUAUCCGAGGUCAGGAUUGAAUCCAGGUCACCAGUGUUCUGAGACAGCUGCUCGACUGGCUGUGCCACCGCUGUCCUUUUAACCAUAGACCCCAAUUGUUGACCUAUCAGAGAUCAGCAACCUCAACGAAACCUAGCAUAAACAAGGGAGCCCGCCUAGAUGCAUGUUCAGCCCCACUGAACAACGAAUGCAGAGAAAUGUUUAGGAAGGAAUUGCAGAUGCUGGUUUAUACUGAAGAUCGACACAAAAAGCUGGAGUAACUCAGUGGGACAGGUAGCAUCUCUGGAUGGAAGGACUCCACAAAUGCUGCCUGUCCUGCUGAGUUACUCCAGCUUUUUGUGUCCAAUAAAUACAGAGACUUGGGUUAACAGAAAAUCCUAAUAUGUUUUUAGCUCGGUGCAGAAAUAUCACAUUGAGAUUUGACUGCUUAAAAUCUUGACUGUAGUGUAGUGAGCAGAGGGAGAGGAAUUGGCCAGUGUUUCUUUUGUUGACUGCAAACCACAACAACUGCUAGAAGAUCUUCUUGUGGACAUUACCGAAAGAUUUAACUGUGAUUCUUUCCCUUUUCAAUAACAACAAAUGUUUUCUUGAACAAGGAAGGGUAAUCUGGUUCCAUUGAUCUGUGUUCUGACAAGAACUUAUCUUUGGUGAAGGAGUUAAAGUGGAACAGUAAACAGAAUGGAAUAGUACUGUUCGAAGAUUAUUCAACUCUUCCACAAGAUAUUCAAAAGUGUACAAUAUUAAUUUUAAAAGAUAGAAAAAUAAUAAACAAUAUAAGAGAUAUAAAUGUCAAGCAAUGGCAACA